AUGAUCACAGAUUUUGUGUUUGACAAGGGCGUCGAAGAGGAGAUGUACUCAAGCGGAUGCUCUGACGGGGAGCAGCAUACAGAAGGGAGCGAAUUGUUGUUUGUAGAGGAGUUGCUUGUGGGAAGUCAUGCCAGCCCUCCUGAGGUCAUUUUCAUCAUGUUGGCUUUCAUGGCCUUCGAGGACUUCCUCCACUUUCGUCAUGCGUCUCCGACCUUUUUUCAGUUCACAACUAAAUGGGAAGCCGCUAUCGUUGCCUUAUUCAUCAAAUCAUGCGACAUGGUCACAGCGGAUAGGCUUUUUCGGACACUUUUACUCCAGGGUCCACUGACGUUAGACUAUCUCCUACAACUACGACGACGUUGCACAACCGCAGGCAACUUGGCAAACGCUCUGACCCAUCACCAUUUACCCCAGAGCAACGUAAACUCGUUUUUCGAAUACACCUGGGUGCAGUCAACGAUAGGAGGAGGACCUGUACCCUCUCCAAAUGCUUCAAAUGCCCACAAGCUCAAGCGUUGCCUACUGUUACACAUCCACUUUUUCGAGUCGCUGCGUGCUGGGCUGGUGAAUCAGUUUGCGGUAGAGAAUCAAGAGACCCAGGUCGGAACAGACGUCUCGCGAUUCUUACAGGUCGAGGCAGAGACCUUGAGCCGUUACCCACCAAAAGCCAUCGAUCGCGUCCUGGGCGUCCACGAAUGGCUCUUCGCAGUCAUCGUAUCAAGAUGUGGCUUGUUGUAUGAGCCACUACAAACUCUCUUCAGUGCGAAUGAAAAAUACAUCUUCGAAGUUCUCGAGGUCGAUCCCUUUCUGAUCGGCGGGCACCCAGCACUGGAAGAUGUCUUCAAAUUUGUUCCAGUCUAUCGUCUUGAACGCCUCUACUCUCGUCUGCAUCAAGCGACGGCAACAUCAACAGAGGCAUUUAGACGUUAUUUGCCAAUACCUCGACAAGUCUUACCUCCACUAGAGCUGGAGAUUGCGAAGAGAAUUUCUUCGGUCCUUCCUACGGGAUAUGUUCGCAAUCUCGGGUUCGCAUGGCCAGGAGUGAGCAGAGAGAAUGCAAUCGCGCAGUUGAAGGAGUACUUACGGUCUGCUGAGGAUAAUGACGACGGGAUCCUUGUCCCAAAUACCACGGCCAAUCAACCGGAUGCGAAUGCGAGUACUGAGACCUCACUUCGCGUGCCCUCUGAAUGCCCUCCAACCUCUACAACCAUCACCCAAAGUCUUCAUCGUAUGACGCGGCCAGAAAACCCUUCUGCACUCGAAGGUAUCGGUCGACGUUAA